GCGCCAUCGAUAGAGAACGUCCGAUCUGUGAUUAUUUAUAUAAACAGCGGAAUACCGUGUGGGGAGUUGGUUCUCCUCUCCCUUUCUUCUUUGUCCGUCCGUUCGUCCGUCAUCGUCGCCUGUCUGUGUGAAGACAAAGAGAGAGAGAAGACGGAGACAUAGAAAGAUGGCCAGUGGCAUAUUGGAGGUGCUGCUAGUGGAUGCUCGAGGCUUGGAAGAAUCCGAUUUCUUUGGUAGAUCGGAUCCGUAUAUGUUGAUUGAGUAUAAAAGCCAAGAACGCAAGAGCAGCGUCCGUCAAGGAGAAGGUAGAAACCCAGUCUGGAAUGAGAGAUUCAGUUUUCGAGUGCAGUACCGUGGGGCAGAUGAUGACCAACACAAGCUCUUCCUCAGAAUCAUGGACAAGGACACCUUCUCCGCCGAUGAUUUUAUUGGAGAAGCCACGAUCUACUUGAAUGAUCUAUUUGAAAUGGGAGUGGAAAAUGGAGUGGCUGAGUUAAAUCCUUGCAAGUAUAAUGUCAUCAAGACUGACCAAACUUACUGUGGAGAGAUUCGAGUUGGCCUCACUUUCACCCCAUCGGCUGAAAUGGAAAUGGAGCUGAAUGAAGAAGAAGAGUUAGGAGGAUGGAAGCAAAGUUACUUCUGAAUGCCCUUUUUAUGAAUAAUACAUAUGGUCAAUGUAAUUCUCAUUUAAACAAUUUAAUUUUCUUUGGGACUUAAUAAUUCACUAGAAUUCUGCUACCAUGAUCAAAUGGAAGGUGAAAUCUUCAUUAAA